AUGGAAGCCACCAGCGCCCGAAUGGGAACAUUGAAGUCAAACGACCACAGCUACAACGACUCCGACCAGAUGCCCAAUGAGUUGACGUUCCCGUUCGCUCACUACCCGGUUCCUUACUACCUCUGGAAGGGCAACUGGCUGGCGGACUGUCGAUACGAGACACUGGAAGAAGAACCGCCGGAACCGCAACGGCAACAGUAUGUUCACCGACUUCUGCAGACAUUACUCGAAGGUGACCUCCACCACGCACGACUGCGCAGACUGGAAUCAGGGGCUCCCUUUCGCGUCCUCAGUAUCGGCAGCGGUACGGGUCUUUGGGCUCACGACAUGGCCAGCAGGCAUCCGAACGCUGAAGUGGUAGCGAUGGACCUUGUGCAGCCGGCAUACGAGCAUGACCCACCGAACUAUCGCUCUCUGUCUGGCGUUGACUUUAACGAAGGCGAUUGGGGUGGAUUGCAGGAGGCGUCGUUCGAUUACAUCCACAUUUCGAUGCUCUGUGGCAGGGCGACGGAUUGGCCGGCGUUGCUGCGACGGGCGCUGUGGUACCUGAAGCCGUACACCGGCGUAAUCGAGAUCGUCGAGAUGGACUGGGAACCGCGCUCAGAUCCACUCCCCUUCCCGGUGUCCGGAAACCCACUGUCGCGAUGGUACACCGACCUCCGAGAUGCGUCCGACCGAGCUGGGCUCCCUAUUGCGUACCCGCACAGCAUGGAACAAUUCCUCAAGGAUGCUGGGUUCGCCGAUGUUGGCCAUCAAGAGCUGCGCUGUCCUUACUGGGGAGGCGGUGACCCUUUGGAUCACCGAGAAAGCGCCGUUGCGGAGGGUCUAUCGACCAGCACGCAUGUGAACUUUGAAGAUUGCGGGACAAGCGUGUAUACGACAAUGGCGCUGCCGCACUUCGUAAAACACCUUGGCCGGUAA